GCAAUUUUGUAAUGGUGAUGGAUUACAUAAAAGAUGGAGACUUGAGACGAUUUUUAGACAAUACUUUAAUAACUUUUCAAGGCAAACUCAAGCAGUUAAAAAGUAUUACCGAAGGUUUAAAGGCAAUUCAUCAGAAAGGACUAGUGCAUCGGGAUUUGCAUCCAGGAAAUAUCUUAGUUAGCAAUAGCGAAAUACAGAUUAUGUAUUAUAUUACUGAUCUUGGUUUAUCCCAGCCUGCUAAUUACCAAAAACAGAAAGGUAAAAUUUUUGGAGUCCUACCCUAUGUAGCUCCAGAGGUUUUAAAGGGAGGCUAUUAUUCUCCAGCCUCAGAUGUCUAUGCCUUUGCAAUUAUAGCUUAUGAAUUAUUUGCUCAGAGAUAUCCUUACUCAGAAUUAGACCUAAGUGACGAGGAUUUAGCAAUAGCAGUAUGUCGAGGCGAAAGACCUAAGUUAGACGAAUUAAAGAUACCUCAAUUACUUAAGGAUCUAAUUAAAAAGUGUUGGGCCGUAGAUCCUGAGCAAAGACCAACUGCUACCGAGUUAACCAAUACUUUAUCAAUCUGA